AUCAUAUCAUUUCAGACUGGUCUAAAGGGGGCUGAGUAUCUGUAUCUCCGCCUCCAGUAGAAAAAGCCGGGGUGUAGAUGCUCAUUUCAGAGGUCACACACCGGCCGGGGCAGAGAGGGUGUGUGUGUUCUCCUGCUGGAAACAGAAAGACCUCCUAAAAGUUGUGCAGCUGGAUAAGUCUACUGUUUCCCCUCAGAGUUUUAGAGGAGAGUUUUAGUAGUGGGUGAUGGGCGGAUCCACAUGAUCUGACCAGCUCCUCUGGAGUAGUUAACUUUUUACUGUAAGAACAUCUAUCUGGCUGGACUGAUCUGUUCUGCUACCUCUUCCAUUCAGCAGACAUAUCAUGGGCAUGCACGUCCUCCUCCUGCACCCCGCGCUUCUCCUGCUCCUUCUGCAGAUCUCCCCCUGGGUGAUCGCCGAGCCCAAGCCGAAGUGCGCCGCGCGCUGUGAUGUGAGCCUGUGUCCGAGCCCGAGCUGCCCGGCCGGCUACGUGCCUGACCGCUGCGGCUGCUGCCUGGUGUGCGCCCGGGCGGAGGGCGAGCCCUGCGGCCGCAAGGAGCCGCUGCUUCCCUGCGGAGACGGGCUGGAGUGCAGGAGCCCGGCGGGGAAGCGGCUCGCUAAAGGCGUAUGUGAGUGUAAAUACAGCGGCGAGGUGUGCGGCAGCGACGGGCUCACCUACAGCAACGUGUGUCAACUGAAGGCCUCCAGCAGGAGAGCUCUACAGCAGGGUCUGCCCAGCAUAUCCAACGCCCACAAGGGACCCUGUGAGAACAGCCAAGGUCUGACACAUCCUAACAGCCCGAGGUACAAAUUCAACUUCAUCGCCGAUGUGGUGGAGAAGAUUGCCCCCGCUGUGGUCCAUGUGGAGCUUUUCCUCAGCCACCCCCUGUUUGGCCGGACAGUACCACUAUCGAGUGGGUCAGGGUUUGUGAUGUCGGAGACUGGGCUGAUAGUGACCAAUGCUCAUGUGGUAUCCAGCACCACAGCCGUGUCGGGGCGCCAGCAGCUCAAAGUGCAGAUGCAUGAUGGGAAUGUGUACGAGGCUACCAUCAAAGACAUAGACAAGAAGUCGGACAUUGCCACGAUUAAAAUCAACACACAGAAAAAACUGCCGGUCUUGCUGCUGGGUCACUCUGCAGACUUGCGUCCAGGUGAGUUUGUGGUUGCCAUCGGGAGUCCGUUCGCACUGCAGAACACGGUGACCACAGGUAUUGUGAGUACAGCUCAAAGAGACGGGAAGGAGCUGGGCAUCCAGGACUCAGACAUGGAUUACAUCCAGACUGACGCAAUCAUCAAUUAUGGGAAUUCAGGUGGCCCACUUGUGAACUUGGAUGGAGAAGUGAUUGGGAUCAACACUCUAAAAGUGGCAGCCGGGAUCUCAUUCGCCAUUCCUUCAGACAGGAUAACACGCUUUCUCAAUGACUCCAUGGGAAAACAAAGCAAAGAAGUCAGAUCAGUAAAGAAGCGGUUCAUCGGAAUUCGUAUGCUCACUAUUACUGAAGCCCUUGUAGAUGAGCUGAAGCAGCAGAACCCAGACUUCCCAGAUGUCACCAGCGGUAUCUACGUCCAUGAGGUGGUUCCUCACUCUCCAGCUCAAAAAGGGGGCAUAAAGGAUGGAGAUAUCAUUGUGAAACUGAAUGGACAGCCGCUGAUGAGCACCAGUGACCUGAAGGAUGCGUUAACAGAAGACACUGCCCUGCUUCUGGAGGUCCGACGUGGCAACGAUGACCUGCUCUUUAACAUUGAGCCUGACGUGAUCAUGCAUUGACAGCACCAAGCUGCAUCGAGUUCUGACUGCUGAAAAAAGGCAGAGGGAGACAUGAAGAUAUGGGACAGGAACCUGCAGCUGCAGAUAAUGCUGCAAUAAUGGCUAGGCCUUAUAGGUUUUUAUAUUCCAUCAGUUUUCUAUGAAACACUGUGGACCCAAAAGAACUGAGAAGGGCUUUCCCUGCAAUCUGUUUCAAGACAGAUCUGCGUAACAGGUUUUAAAAGAAGACUUCUGUUCCAGUCUCUAAGUACUGUACAUCUCUGGAUUGAGAUAUUAAGUAUUGUUUUGUUCAUUGUGAAUAUGGGGAGUUUUACAUUUUUUACUUUACAGUACCGUAUUGCUUUUAAACGACAAUGCUGGUAAUGUUAAGCAGCUAGCUUUUCUGUGCCAAGAAACUUUUCACUGGCUGGACAAUGUGAACACACCCACAGAGAAAAAGCACAUGUAGUCUGUCAGUCAGUGUUACAUACUGUUACAUAGCCAUGUGUGUUAACACACCGAUCAAAAAUAAUAACAUUAUGACCGUGUCCUUGUUUCUUCACCCAUUAUCCAUGUUUCAGCUCCACUGAGCAUAUAGUAAAAGUGGAUCAGACACAGCUGUGCUGCUGGAGUUUUUAAACACCUGAGAAUUGUCCACCUCCACCAUGUCAGUGUUUCUACAGUGCUGAAAAUGACCCACCACCCAAAAAAAACCUACACAGUGGUGCUCCUGUGGUGUCCUGACCAUUUGGAGAACAGGGUGAAAGAAGCUUAGUAAAGUACGCAGAGAUAGUAUAAAAUGAGAGAACUCAAAUUCUGUUUCUAUUUGCUUAGUGAAGCUGAAAAAAUGGAUAAUGGGUGUUAAUAAUGUAACGUUUAACCAGUGUAUGCAACACCAAAGACACAUAAAAAGGCAAAGGUUAGGAAUGCUUUUCAUUAGCAAGCUAGUGUAUAAAUGUGACCAACACAUUCUUUUGCUGUUUUUCUAUUUUGACGCUUGAUAUCUACUUUUACAAAAAAAAAGGUGUAAGCAUAUGUUUUUGUUUAAAGUCAGAAUGUUUACAACUGUCUGUUGGUUUAUUCCAAUAAAAGCAGAAUUUAUCACGCCACAUACUGUGGCACAGCCA